AAAUUUCGUGCGUGUCUAAGAAUCUUCGGUGCUUAGACAGAGAGAGUAGACUUUGGAGCGAGACAGAAAAGAGGCUGCAUAUAUAUUACUGUAUCGUGGCGAUCCGUACGGGGUAGAACCCUUGCCUUUCCUCCUCUCCCAAUUUGCGACAAAGCAGAGGCAGAGGGCGGGAGGAGCUCCAAUUAUACCAGCCCUCUUCGACUCUCUCACGCGCGCACAGCAUGGAUUUCCGCCUCAACCAUGCUAUUAACUCCCCCUCAUCCUCCUCCUCCUCCUCCUCCUCCUCCACCCCCAAUCCCCCAAUUACUACCACCACCAUCGCCGCCUUAACCACCACUGCCAGAGCCGCCGAUUCUGACCCCAUGCAGUCCUGGUGGGAGUCCGUCUCCAGAGCCCGCUCCCGCAUCCACGCCCUCUCCUCCAUCCUCUCCGAUUCUUCCCCAAUCUCUUCCCUCGCCGACUCCGACCGCCCCGCCCUCUCCCUCCUUUCCUCCCCCACCGCCUACUCCCUCGUCUCUUCCGCCCUCUCAUCCCCGCUCUCCGGCUCCGGCUCCGACUCCCUCUGCCAAUGGCUCUACGACACCUACCUCUCCUCUGAUCCCCAUCUCCGACUCGUCGUUCUCUCCUUCCUCCCUCUCCUCUCCGCCCUCUACCUCUCCCGCGUCCACUCCUCCGAAUCCCCGUCGCUCGCCGGCUUCGAGGCCGUACUCCUUGCCCUCUACGCCUCAGAGAUCAAAUCCCGCAACGGCAAGCCCCUCCUCAUCUCCAUACCCGACCUCUCCCAACCCUCCCUCUACCACACCCCCCGCCGCACCACCACCAACAACAGUAAUUCUGCAUCCCCUGUUCAAUCAAGACCCUCCGUUGGGGUUUUGUCGCAACCUCUCGAGCCGCAGAUUGCCGUUAAAUCGACCAAACGCGCCUGCAUCGUCGGGGUCGCGCUCGAUUGCUAUUACAAGCAGAUCUCGCAGAUGCCGAGCUGGUCCAAGCUCGAGUUUUGCCGAUCCGUAGCUGCGUGGGCCGGGCAGGACUGUUCCUGCAGAAGAGAGUUCGACAAGGACGAUGAAUUUGAGAAUUGUACUUCUUUUUCGGAUAAUGGGAAUGGAAAUGAGAUUGAGGGCAUAGUGGAAGAGAUGGGCAAAGUGGAGAUUGUGAGAAAUGGGGAGAAUUUGGAAUCCAAGGGGACCAGAAUUCCGCUACCUUGGGAGCUAUUGCAGCCGGCGUUGAAGAUUCUGGGGCAUUGCUUGUUGGCUCCGUUGAAUUCGCAAGAUGUUAAGGAUGCGGCAGCCAUGGCAGUGAGGAGCCUGUAUGCCAGAGCGACUCAUGAUUUGGUUCCACAGGCAAUCUUGGCGACGCGGAGUCUCAUUCAGCUUGAUAGAAGGACGCGCGCGGCUGCCAAGUUGGAGGCCAAAGCAGAAGCGAAGGCGAAUGCAUCUUCGAAUUCUAACACGCCUAGCAAGGCUAAGAAACCUGAAAUCCUGUUGGUUUCCAAGUGAUUAAGAAAUUUGCAAUUUACUUUCCAGGUAAUGGUUGGUGUAUACUUUAGUUGAACGAGCAACUUAACACCCAUGCUUUUUUUUUUUUGUAUUGUUAUGUUCUUGAGGGAAUUUGCGCAAAUGGUUUGUAACACCCAUGCUUGGAUGGCGUCUGUGAUCUUCGUUCAGUUGUUGUUUUUUCGUGUUAGAAUGCUGGUGUAUGUUGAAUGAGGUUAUCUUUGUAUGA